CGCGCAGCAGUGGUGGAGAGUAGGCUUGGGUACGUCAGAGGAAGAAUAAUUCCUCUAGUUCAUGAAGUAAAGCUGCUGACACGUGCGCUCUGUCUAUUCUUUAUCCCAGCUGGGGACAUGCUGGCAUGGUCUUUUAAUGUGAGUGGAAAUAGACCAUCAUGGAUGACUCGGACCAGGAUUUUGUAGAUCUCUGCUCAAAGCCGCUUAAACGUGUCCACAAGAAGGCAGCCGAGCCCAGACAGCCAAGGAAAGCAGAGCAUCAGCCCCCCAGUCAGGCAGGUGAAGGAGAAGACCAGAGCAGGAGUAACGAUAAAAAAGGUGACUCUGGGACCCACCCUGUUAGUGCCCGAUCAGAACAGCAUGCGGUCAGUGGAGUUACUGGACAUGAUUCAGGAGAUGACGGGUCGUCAGCUGUGCCUUCAGCAGCAAGGCCAAGAGCAAAAGACAGUGUACUUGGCAGAAUGCAACAGUUCAAGAGAGCCAGUCCACGAAAGAUGGUGCACCAGGACAAGAGCCAGCCAGCAAACGACUGUGUUCCUCUUCAACAGCCACAAAUACAAGACUGAUGCAGCCUUCUCUAACACCAGCAACAAGCCCGAGUCCUCUGUGCAGCCUGUGAGUGAAGGAAGUCCUGUCACAAAAACAAGGACCUCCAUCCUGCCUUCCUCCUCCCAGACUGCUGCUGCCUCCUGCUCCCCAGCUCUCCCCACCCCAGAGACAAAGCAGCUCCCUGUGGGCAGCCAGGCCCUGAGAGACCUGAUGGAGCUGGCUGAAGACGGCAUGACCCUCACACAGUGUGGCUUCUCUGCCUCUGGCCCUGACAAAUACAAGCAGAGCAGUGCUAGCCUGUCCGCAAACCUCCAUCUGAGUGGAUUUGUCCUGGAGGAGGCAGAGGAGCAUGAUGACCUCUGGGUGAGCGGCUUCCUGCCAGAGCCGACGCACCCACACUCAAAGGACACCAACAGCCAAGUGAGGAGAGAAACUGGUCAGCCAGGAGCAGAUAAGGAGCAGGUGGCACUGCCCAGACUGGCGUCAGACCUGAGUACCAUGGUGAACAACCCUCAGCUCAGUGAUGUGGAGCUCCAAGUGGACAGUGGAGACGUCUACUUUGCUCAUUCCUUCAUGGUGUACACUCGCUGCCCCCUGCUGACAGAAAUGGUGCAUGAGAGUGGUUUUGGGGUGCAGGAGGAUAACAUGCCUGCAGCUCGGAGAGUUUUGAUGAAUGACGUCCCGGGACCGGCAGUGUUGGCUCUGCUGCAGUACCUCUACACAGCCCGCUGCUCCAUCCCACCCUCGCUGCUUCCUCAUGUGCUCGAGCUGGCAUCCAGGUUUGACUUGCAGGAGCUACGGCAGCUUUGUGUACUUCAACAAGAGGCAGCAGCUGAUGAGCAUGAGGAGAAUUUCAACAACCAAACAGAUGAGGCCUUCAUGGAGCUCCUCUGCUCUAUGUGGAACGAAGAAGAUGAGGAGACAGAUAAUGAUGGAGGAAGGGAUGAAGAGAGAGCGUUGAAAGAAGAUCAACAUGGCAAUGACCUUGUAUCAGGCGACAGAGAGAUGCAUGAUGAGAAAGUGAAUGAAGAGGAACUGGAGGCAAUCUACGAGUUUGCCGCCACGCAGAGAAAGAGAAAGGAGGAAAAAGACAGUGGUGAGGAGGAGGAGGAGUGGAAGAUAGAUGAGGGAGAAGACAGAGAAGACUUGCUGUCAAAACUGACAGAGCCUAAAAGAGGCUUCAAUGAAAAAAGCUUGACAGUGCAGUCUCAACUUGAGCUGGAUUCCAACCUCAGACUCUCAGACCCAUGGAGGGUUGACGAGGAAGCAGACCCCUCCUCCUUACCCUCUGCAUCUGGGCCAUCGAAGACACACUCUCCUCGAUCCCAGCAGCAGCAGUCCUCUCCUAAACCCUCAUCCGAACUGUCCGGCAGAACUUUGCUUCAGUCCUCAGCGAGCGUAGUCGACGACUUUUCCCUCAGAUCUCCACUCAGUACAUCCAACCUGCCGAUACCAGGUCUGUCCCCUGGUCUAGUGGGUGACUGGGGCGGCGGUGGAGAUGAGAGAACUGAUAAACUAGAUGUGCCUUUAAAACGAGAAAGCCAAGGACCUAAUGGUAUUUGUGUGUCUCUUUCUCCUGAUUCACCUCAGAACAAGAAGGAAACUGAGGUCAUAGUCUUGUCUGACUCAAGCGAGGAGAUGGAGAUAGUUCUUAGUUCCCGCAGUCCAUCUCCACAUUCUCCUUGCGCCGUGCAGUGCCUGAAGAGCUGUACCCAGAUCAAACCACAGCAGCCUACAUCUGAGAAUAAAGACUGUUCUCCUGAAGUUUCCUGGCUGAUCCCGUCCACGCCAAUGCAGCCUGGAAGCAGCUCCAGGUCCAGCUCCACCCAGACCAAAAACAGCAUGUGCAGGAUGCAGCUGUUCCCUAAAAGUGGGGUUUCCUUACCCUCUUCUGUUUUCUCCUCCCCUGUAUUAUCAGGUAACAGACCUCAGACCUCCACCACGCCAGUGCAGCCUGGAAGCAGCUCCAGGUCCAGCUCCACCCAGACCAAAAACAGCAUGUGCAGGAUGCAGCUGUUCCCUAAAAGUGAGGUUUCCUUACCCUCUUCUGUUUUCUCCUCCCCUGAAUUAUCAGGUAACAGACCUCAGACCUCCACCAGUCCAACCAGAGUUUCAGCCCCCGCUGGCCCAACAGAAGGUAGUGUCUCCAUGGUGAAGUUGGACAGGUUAGUUCCCUGUGGUUCCAGCUUGGAUCUCAGCCUUUCUCCUAAAAGAACCAGCAGUUACAAUGCGAGUAAAGCUAGAGAAGUGUUGGCCCUGUCCAAACCUAAGCUCUCAAGCACAGCAAACUCCCAUCCCCUCCAAGAGUCCUCAAAGCAGGAUACACCCCUCCAUCUCCAGCUUUACAGCAGUACUCCCCUCCAUACAGAGCUCCACCACCCUCCGUUUCAUCUGGCUGCUUCCCCACUCGACACUGACCUUGAUAAAAAGAAGUCAACAGGUGGAGGAAAGGAGAGGAAACUCUCAGAAAGCUCAGAGAAGACAGAGUUAGGAAACUUUCAUCUCUCCCCCCUCUCCGACCCUUCGGAUCCACCCUCUUCUUUCUCUCACAGAGGUCUACAAAGUUUGCAGAGACACAGUGAAAGUAGAUGCUCUGUUGAAUCCAGCAGGUGUGACAACACAGGGACUGAACUCAAAAGGGGGGCUGAAGUUGAAUCAGUAGGAGUUAGAAAUGAGACUGCAGACCUGGGAGAUGAAGGAGAACAAACAGACGUUGCAGACUCAAGUUUCCGGCAGAGCUUCAUUGAUGAGCCUCCCAUAGCUUUUAGCGACUCAUGGGGACUUGAUGCUCAUGUAGAAGCAAACCCAGGCUGCUUCAGUCUGAGGCUGGAGGACAGUGGAGGAUCCAACCAGCAAGAGCACAUCCUGGGAGAAAGAACAGCCAGACUAUCACCCUCUACUGACUGUCGGCCUCCACCAUCUAGCAUCUGCAACCAGUCAUCGAACUGUCAUGGCAGUGUGAUUAACUCCUCUCCAGCCAAAGCCCAGAGUGCACAACCACCAGCCUGUGUACAGGUUCAUGCACACUCUUCCUUCACCCCGUCACCGCCUGGCCCCACCACCUGCACUCCACCGGACAUCAACAACAUCCUCAUGGAUACAAAAAUAUGGGACAGCUGGGAGGAGGAGGAAGAAGAGGAGGAGGCUCUUCCUCUCUUUCAGAGGGUGAACCCCUCUGCCAGGCUCAAAACCCCCAUGUCAUCACACAAGAAAAACCGUCAGUCCUUGGUGCCCAUCACCCCCAUGCCCCACUACUCUGACAUGGACACACCAGAGCUAAAGAACAAACUCAACAGGUUUGGUGUUCGGCCUUUACCGAAGCGCCAGAUGAUCCUCAAACUGAAGGAGAUCCACCAGUACACCCACCAGCUUGUCAGUUCGGACUCUGAAGAUGAGGCACCCUCUGCGGGUCAGGCUGCUCGAACGAAGCCUCCUCCCGCCCGUUCAGUAGCCGCUGGCAGUAGGCCAGUCUCCUGCACCCAGACAGUAAAUUUCAAAAAGCCCAGCGCGCCUGUUGCCGUCAGUGGAGAGGAGGGAGAGCUGCUGUCAGCCUCGAAGGGCUCCGACACCUCUUCAACUGCUGCUAGUGAAGAAUCUGAACGGUCCAAUUCAGAACUGUGCCUCUCCUCCGAUGGCGACUCAGACAGCAAUGGUGGCAUCUCUGCCUCUCAGGCGGCAGAUCGCCUCAAGGAUCGCCUCCAGGCAGUGCGCUCCUUUAUCCUGUCUGACUCCGGACUGUACACUCAGAUCCUCCAGUACCAACCUCUGGUCCUGUGUCAGCUCCAGGAGAGACUCAAGGCGGCCGGAAUCCGCCUGGGAGCUGCCAAGCUGGUGGACUACCUGGACUCUCAGUGCAUCACCUUCACCACAGCUAAGCCAGGGCACUCUGCGCCCAGCCGCAGGUGGGGCAAGAGGAAAGGCAAGGGGGCAAAGGCAGCAGGUGAAAAGGGUAAGAGCAGGAAAAAAGACAUUGCAGCCAUGAUUUAAAAGUGCGGGUUUUACUUCAGUGAUGGGAAUGUUAAAUCUUCAAAUAAGGUGCUGUGAGAAUAGGCCAUAAAAAAAAAUAAUAAUCUAUGAGCACUAUUCCUGGACAACCAACAAGUGAUUAGUCCAAUGAAGGCUUCAGGUUUUACUGUUUUCUUUUUUUUUUUAAACAAACAUUCAAAUAUUUCUUCAGAAUAGGGUUUGUAUUAAAAUGUCAAAAAUAAAAACCAUCAGAAAUGAUGCCUUUCAUCCACACAGAUGUAUGAAAUACAUUUCACAGCCCCUCUGUCGUCAUCUGUACAUAAUGGCACAAAAAUGAGUCCUUAGCAUUUGGUAUUUCACCUUGUAUUAAUACUAAAUCAAGAAUGUGUGGAAAUUGAAAUAAGUGAUUGUAUACAGCAAUUUUUGAGAAACAUUUUACUUUUUUGCUUCAAUCAUUUUAUAUCCAAAGGAUCAGCCAAGACAUAUAUACAGCUGAGCACACGUGUGAAAGGAGGCAGGUUCUUUAACAUGAAAAAUGUUAACGUCUCUCCAAUACAUCAUUCAAGUAGAGAGAGGCGGGCCCUCUGAGCAA